CAACAACAUGACGUCACAACAACAUUCCCAUCAGAAUGCAUUGUGGGUACCCCAGUCCUCCAAACCAUUUUGGGGUUCACUCCAGUACAAAGAACACUGGAUAGGUGGAGAAGCAGUAUGGCGGAACCUUCACUUUGCCUAGAAUAAUCGGCGGAGCCGUCGCCAUUAAUGCUUAGAUCCAGCCUACUUGGAUGAGAUCUGACAAUGGUCAAUGACACAUAUCACAAGCUCUGGGAUGAAGUUUCCCCUAGGUAGAGAUCUAGGAUCAGCUUUCCCUCCCCGAUCGUAUCUAUAAUCAUUAGUUGGAAAAAUGCAAAACUGACCCAAGAACACCUUUUAGGGGCAACUUCACCCUACUCCCAUAUCACAAGUCUAGGCGUGUUAACCUCUGUGUCCAAUGGCUAAACUCCAAACCUGAUGUCACCUCAUAUAGUCUACUGCAAUGCGCUACCCUCCCUCCCCAAAAUAUGCACCCAUUCACUCCCUGUCUGCUCUACACUACAGCUGCAGCAAUUGUUCUAGAAGUGCUCUGAUAGAUUCUGAUUAUAUUAGUUUGUGUCUUUUACCACAUAGUUCUGUACCUAUUCACAAACAAACUGUACUGAGUCUUGAGCUCACUGCAGCUCACAGUCUUAUACAACAUCGAUUGAACUGACCUGCUACGUGUUGAAACGUAUCUAAUAAAAUGUUCUAUUUUUUUAUCGGAACGUCCUUUUGGCUUUAGUAUUUUUCCACUGAGUAUGACGUGUCUCUAGUACACGUACUGCUUAACUGAGAUGUAUGAAUAUAAGGAGGGGGUCUGAGCCUCAUAAAGUGCAUCAUAUCUGAAGAGGUGUCGUUACAGAAUGAGGGGUGCUGUAGCUCUGCUGGUGUUGCUGUUCUGUCUGUCUGGGUCAUGGACUCAGGAGGAGAGUGGAGGGGUCAGAGAGAGUGACGUCACUCAACAGGGUCACAGUGCAGGGAGAGAGAGCAGGGUGAGAGAGGUUCAGAUAGAGAGCCAAAUGACUGACACAUCAGAGACAACCAACGAACAGACGACUACACCACCUGACAUCUGGACUGAGAUGAAGGAGCUGAGAGACAUGGUGCACAACCUGGGAACCAUCGUAGUGGAGCAGAGAGAGAACAUGGAGGUCAGACUGACAGCCAGUGAGGCUGAGGUGAAGGAGCAGAGAAACACAGUGACCGAUCUUAGGGUGGAGCUGAUGGUCACCAAGAACAAAAUGGAGGAACUGGAGAAAGAGAAUGCAGACCUGACAGCUGGAUUGAGUGGCAGUAAGAGCCAGGUGGAGGUGCUGCAGACAAAGAAUGCAGCCCAAGCAGCUGAACUGUCAGCCAUUGGGGCCAGAGUGACAGCCAGUGAGGCCGAGAAUGCAGCCCUGGAGACCAGACUGAGUGCUAGUGAGAGCCAGGUGGAGGAGCUGAAGAGAGCAACUGCAGACAGGCCAAAGGUUGCCUUCUCUGCUGGUUUGACUGAUUCAGGAACGGUUGGACCCUUUGUUGCUGAAACCACACUGGUCUACACCAAAAUCUUCUCAAACAUCGGCAAGGCCUACAACCCAGCUACAGGUGUCUUCACAGCACCAGUGAGAGGACUCUACUACAUUAGCUUCACUGCCAUGAGUGUCCAGACCUCAUUUUACUUUUAUGCAUACAUGUAUAAGAAUGGACAGAAAAUCAUGUAUAGUCAGGGAUAUAAUGCUGGAGGUUAUGAGACACUGUCUAAUGGAGUCAGCCUAGAGCUAGAGGAGAGAGAUGUGGUGUACAUGCGCAUCCCUGCUAACUACAGGCUCUAUGAUAACUCAAAUAAUCACAACAUCUUCAGUGGCUUCCUGCUCUUCACUGUGUGAGAACAUAAUGAAUGCUGUAAUGGUCUCUAGUGAAGAGUCUGUAUGUCAGGGCCUCUUGGAGCCACAAUGGCUCCCCUAUUAAUAAAUGCAUCAAUAAAAAAAGCAGAAUUUUGUAUCA